AUGGAGCCCGCCGCUGGGGACUUACAGCCCGUGCCCGGGGCGACCAAGGACGUGCCUGCGCCAGGCGCUGCGUGCUGCCGAGUGGUGCUCUCCGGGGCGGUGGCCGCCGGCAUCGUCAUCCUCACCCUGGCAGUCCUCGUGGCCUCCCUCUCCACGCAGGGCGUGGACGUGGAGCACACGGCUGAGCUGCGCGGGAUCCGGUACGCCCGCAGCCUGCAGCAGGAGGCCUCCGACUACUACCGCGCGCUGACGCCCGCCCUGCAAACGCUGUUUGUCGGCAGCUUCAGGAAGACAGAGCUGGAGGCCCGUUGCGCGGGCUGCACGGUGCUGAGCUACCGGGACGGGAACUCCAGCGUCCUCGUGCACUUCCGGCUGCACUUCCUGCUGCUGGCCCUGCGCUCGCUGGACCUGGGCCGGGAGCGGGAGCUGCUGCAGCAGGGACUCCGGGCGAGGCUGCAGGGCCACGGCGUCCCCCUGGCUGCCCACGGCACCAUCGUGUCUGCCGAGCUCACAGGAAGCCAGAAGGGGCCACUGGCGGAAAGAGACUUGAAAUCAGGGCACUGCCCGGGGAACGCCUUCUCCUGUGGGGACGCCCAGUGUGUGACCAAGGUGAACCCCGAGUGCGACGACCAGGAGGACUGCUCCGACGGCUCCGACGAGGCGCACUGUGACUGCGGGCUGCAGCCGGGCUGGCGGACGGCCGGCAGGAUCGUGGGCGGCGUGGAGGCGGCCCCGGGCGAGUUCCCCUGGCAAGUCAGCCUCCGCGAGAACGACGAGCACUUCUGCGGGGCCGCCGUCGUCGGCGCCCGGUGGCUGGUGUCCGCCGCGCACUGCUUCACCGAGUUCCAGGAUCCCACCCAGUGGGUGGCCUACGCCGGCACCACGCAGCUCAGCGGCGCCGAGGCCAGCACGGUGCGCGCCCGCGUGGCCCAGAUCAUCCCGCACCCCUCCUACAACCCCGACACCGCCGACUUCGACGUGGCCGUGCUGCGGCUGGCCAGCCCACUGCCCUUCGGCCGGCACGUGCAGCCCGUGUGCCUGCCCGCCGCCACGCACGUCUUCCCGCCCCGCAGGAAGUGCCUCAUCUCCGGCUGGGGCUACCUCAAGGAGGACUUCCUGAUCAAGCCGGAGCUGCUGCAGAAGGCCACCGUGGAGCUGCUGGACCAGGCCCUGUGCGCCAGCCUGUAUGGCAGCUCGCUCACCGACCGCAUGGUGUGCGCUGGCUACCUGGACGGCAAGGUGGACUCCUGCCAGGGCGACUCGGGAGGCCCCCUGGUGUGCGAGGAGCCGUCCGGCAGGUUCUUCCUGGCCGGCAUCGUGAGCUGGGGCAUCGGCUGUGCGGAGGCCCGGCGCCCGGGGGUCUAUGCCCGAGUGACCCGGCUGCGGGACUGGAUCCUGGGGGCGAUGGCCGCGGCCGGCAAGCCCCUGGCUCCCACCGCGGCUCCUGCCCCCGCCGCCCCCAGCGCCGUCUGGUCCACCAGCCCCAAGAGCCCGGCGGCCAGCACCCCCACCAGACCCACCGUGGCCCCCAGCUCCGCGCCUCCCGGCUCAGCGACGGCCUCUAAGCCUCAAGAGUGCGGCGCCAGGCCGGCGAUGGAGAAGCCCAUCCGGAUCGUGGGCGGGCUCGGAGCCGCCGCCGGGGAGGUGCCCUGGCAGGUCAGCCUGAAGGAAGGCUCCAGGCACUUCUGCGGAGCGACUGUGGUGGGAGACCGCUGGCUGCUGUCGGCCGCCCACUGCUUCAACCACACGAAGGUGGAGCUGGUGCAGGCGCACCUGGGCACGGUGUCGCUCACGGGCGUCGGCGGGAGCCCGGUGAAGAUGGGGCUCAGGAGGACGGUGCUGCACCCCCAGUACAACCCCAGCAUCCUGGACUUCGACGUGGCCCUCCUGGAGCUGUCGCGGCCCCUGGUCUUCAACAAGCACGUCCAGCCCGUCUGCCUGCCCCUGGCCAUCCACAAGUUCCCCGUGGGCCGCAAGUGCGUCAUCUCCGGGUGGGGCAACACGCAGGAGGGCAACGCGACGAAGCCAGACACUCUGCAGCGCGCGUCCGUGGGCAUCAUCGACCAGAAGGCCUGCAGCGCCCUCUACAACUUCUCGCUCACGGACAGGAUGCUCUGCGCCGGCUUCCUGGAGGGCAAGGUGGACUCCUGCCAGGGCGACUCCGGGGGCCCCCUCGCCUGUGAGGAGACGCCCGGCGUGUUCUAUCUGGCGGGGAUCGUCAGCUGGGGCGUCGGCUGCGCUCAGGCUGAGAAGCCCGGCGUGUACGCUCGCAUCACCAGCCUGAAGGGCUGGAUCCUGGACGUCAUGUCCUCCUCGCCCCUCCCCACACCUGCCUCCUCCACCACAAGGACGCCCGCUGCCACCACGCAUGUGCCCGGGACGAUGGCUGGCCUCCCAGCCCUGGGGGCCACAGCCAGCAGGCCCACCCUCCGGACCACCCUCCGGACCACCAGCCAACCUGCCAACAGGACCGCCAGUGCCGUGGCCACCACCGCCGGGGGGCAGACGCCACUCCCAAACGCCUCGCGGGCCACCAAGGACCCCCAGCUUCCAGACUGCGGCCUGGCGCCCGGGGCAGCGCUGACCAGGAUCGUGGGCGGCAGUGCCGCCGGCCGCGGGGAGUGGCCGUGGCAGGCGAGCCUGUGGCUGUGGCCCCGGGAGCACCGCUGCGGGGCCGUGCUGGUGGCGGGGCGGUGGCUGCUGUCUGCCGCGCACUGCUUCGACGUCUACGGAGACCCCAAGCAGUGGGUGGCCUUUCUGGGCACACCGUUCCUAAGCGGCGCCGACGGGCAGCUGGAGCGCGUGGCCCGCAUCUACAAGCACCCCUUCUACAACCUCUACACGCUCGACUACGACGUGGCGCUGCUGGAGCUGGCGGGGCCUGUGCACCGAAGCCGCCUGGUUCAGCCCAUCUGCCUGCCCGAGCCUGCACCCCGGCCCCCCAGCGGGACACGCUGUGUCAUCACUGGCUGGGGCUCCGUCCGAGAGGGAGGCUCCAUGGCGCGGCAGCUGCAGAAGGCGGCUGUGCGCCUCCUCAGCGAGCAGGCCUGCCGCCGCUACUACCCCGUGCAGAUCAGCAGCCGCAUGCUGUGCGCCGGCUUCCCGCAGGGCGGUGUGGACAGCUGUUCAGGUGAUGCUGGGGGACCUCUGGCCUGCAGGGAGCCCUCUGGCCAGUGGGUGUUAACUGGGGUCACCAGCUGGGGCUAUGGCUGCGGGCGACCUCACUUCCCAGGUGUCUAUACCCGGGUGGCUGCUGUGAGAAGCUGGAUCACACAGAACAUCCAGGACUGA